AUGCGCGCCCCGCUGGCAGACAUAAAGCCCGUCUGGCCGAGGCCGACGGAAAUAGGCUCGGUUCGCGUGGCGGAAAUUGCCGAGCGGCGCCGAGCCCGGGGAGGGGGAAGGGCGGGGUGUCCCCGCGUGGCGGCGCUCCUAGCUGGGGAGGGGGCGCCGGGCGGGGGCAAGGCUGCGGCUAUGGCGGGCAGCCCCCCCCCACGUGCCCCACUCUCUUCUUCGGGCCCGCAGCAUGACUGUGCCUCACAUGACCCGCCGCCGCCUCCCUCCCCCUCUCCUCAGCUCCGCUGCAGAUUUAUUCAAGUUAUUCAUCACCUUCUCCUUCCUCCCCUCCCUCGGUCCAGAAUAUUCCUGCCCAUUCCUUCCUUCCCUCCGCCCGGGGAAAGCGGAGCCGCCUCACCCGGGGGCCGCCUUCCCCUUUGUAUGUACCUCCGGCGGCUUGCCCCCGACCCCUCCCCGCGGCGGGGGUCGCCGCGGGUGGCUCCCCUCACGCCCCGAAAUGGCCGCCGCCCAGCACCCCCCAGGCGCUCUUCCCCGCUCAGCCGGCCGGGCGGGAAGGCCCCCGGGGCGGUGUCACCGGGCGGUGACGGGAGGCCGCGGGUGCUGCCACCGCGGCGCGGGCCGCCGGCAGGGCGGGAGGUGCGAGCCCGCUGCGGGCGCGCACUGAGGCGGCGAGACGGUGCCGGGGAGGCGGGGCUGUGGCGGGGCUGUGGCGGGCGGGGGACGCCGCCGGCGCCCGAGGGGAGCGACGCCCGCAGGCGGCCGGGUCAGGUGAAAUCGUUCAUCUGCAUCCACAGGCGGCGUGUGCGUGUGUGUGGAUGCGCGUUGUGUGGAUGCGCGUGUGAAGGAGUUUCUGAUGAGAGGUCGAGAGGAAACGCGCUGCUCCAAAACCGGUGCCGUUCACAAGCAUUUCGAAGUGACUGAAGGGAGCUGCGGUGAAACCCACCACCCUGCCCUCGCUGCUGGCGGCAGGCCGCCCGGGCCUCCUCAGCGCCAGGCAGCAGCGCCUGUCGCGGCAGGGCUGCUCCGGCUCUCCCCAGUCCCACAGUUGGCUUCUCAUCGUGGAGCAACGACCGUCUGACCCCUGAAGACGCUAGAUGCGUGCGUGUCUGCCAGGAGAUGCCCCGUCCCUGUGGCUGUUAGACUGCAGGUACACAGCAGCCUGGCAUGCACCGGCGCCUGGAAAGCUGCUCGCACUCCCACCUCCUGGCAGCACGCCUGUGACUCCGAACCCAGGUGUCCCUGAGCUUCUGGAGUUGUCCGAAAUCACUGCUUUGAAGUUGGUCCAGUUUGCAUGGAAUAAUAUAA